AUGAAUCCAACUUAUACUCCGACUGCCUCAUUGCCAAACUAUUAUACAUGGGGUUGCCCGCCGGGGUUCCUCUGCCAUCCUCCUCAUACAGAAGACCGUGCUAGUUGCAAUGUCGAAGCCGGCCUCCCAGCUGAUAAUUAUGUCUGUGACCCUGCGAAUUGUAUUCCAUCUCCUCGUUUGGUUUAUAAUCCUUCUUGGGAAACUUCGAAUUUCCAGCACUACAAUAUUUCCAAUUACUAUUUUAAUCUAGAUCCCGAAGACUUUGGCCUGGAUUAUCUGAUAUUCCAAUUGCCGUCAGAUAUUACCUCAUAUUACACCAAGCGCAACGGAUUCCCGCGACAGGACGGGUUCCUCUUUCUUUGGGGCCUCCAGGUCGGCGAGAAGGCCAAAAAAGACAUUUCAGAUAUUCCUGGAGUUUGCUAUAAUGAUUGCAACGAUGCUGCCCUUGAAGCAGAAUCUUCUGGGAAAACUCCCGAGUUGUGUGAUAGUGACUCUGCUUUCUCGGUGGGUUUGGGGAAUUGCAGAAAUUGUAUCAGCCAUUAUGCUCGUUCGGCCUCAGAAAUAUACUCUCAGACGCUAUUGCCAUCAUUUGCGCAGUUUCUAGAUUACUGCUCGGAAGUGCAAGCUACAGCCUCUAGUACAACAGAGCCUAGCACUACCACGAGCACCGCAACGACAAUCACCUCUGCCACUGUAGUGACCAAUACGGCAUUUAUCGGUACCUCAGCUGCAAUUUCUGUUACCGGCAAUCAGUCAUUCAGCAGCCGGGCCACUGGCCAAGUAAUCGUAUCCGAUACACUCAACUCGGCCGGGAGGUCUUUAUCUACGAGAACGGUUCAAACGGUUACUCAGAGUUCGACACUCCAAUCCGAUUCAGCAACAAUGGGACAGUCUCAUCUUGAAGAUACAACUACAUCUCAAGGUCCGAGUACAGAGAGUAUGUCUCAAGGUACGAGUGCAGGAAGUAAGGAUCAUCGGAGUACGGGUACAGGGGCAAGAAACCAAAACAAAGCGAAAAAGACCCAGGCUGCAGCUAGCGGUACCUUCAGCAGCAUGUCCAUCGCUAGUUUCACAAGUCAUACCAGCAUGGAGUCCACAUCACCCUCCAGCUCCAGCGCUGUCCUUAGGGGGUCAGCUUCGGACAAAUUGGUGCCCAACAUGUGUCGCGGGAUUUUAGCAUUAGCUAUUCUCGCAGUAUUCAUCUAA